AAAGUGAAUGGAAACCACUCUGAAAGUGGUUUGAGUUUCAACUUGUUAUUCAUGUCAAGAAUUUCUGUACUGAAACAUAAUUAAAUUAAAUAAUAACCAUCUACUACUCGAUUCCACAUGUCCUUUUACAGAUAAACCUACAGAACAUAAUUUAAGUUUGCUAAUGUGUUUACUAAUCACUGUAAUCCAUAAACCAAAGAAACAACACACCUGCAUCAAUAAACUCAACCUAUACAAAUUCAUGAACCAUAUCACAACUGUCAUGUCUAAGUACCAUAAAACAUUAUUUUAUACACUGAAAGAUUAGCUAAGGAAUGUUAUGUGGUGCAAGGCCUUGGCCGGUUAGUGACUCCAGCAGUUAGGUUGCAGUGUAUCCUGCUCCUCCUCAGCCGGUUGGCAGCUGGUUGGCUGACUCGUCCUUGGUGAGAUAUCUCGAAGCGUGUUGAGUGUCGUUUUCCUGUGGAACAAUGCAACUUUCUUGCUAAUUUUCACACAAUACUAAUAUUGAGUAAAUAUGGGAUAAUUUAUAUGCAACUACUUCAACAGAUGUGUCUUUUCUGUAACACUUAAAGACAAACAGUCUCGAUCAACAACGAUCCAUAGAGUACUUUUUCAGGUGCGAGGGAGCUCUACUCAUAGCUAGUGAGAUAAGAAAGGAAGGGAGUUAAAGGAAAUCUCUGGACCUAGACAGAGAGCUUUGUUGAAGCAAGGGACUCCCAACUCGUAAAUUAUGAGGCCCUUGGUCAGGCCAACCAUCUAAUUAUUCCAACAACAACACUAAAUCACUUGGACCAACACUUAUUAGAAACCAUUCGACAUACCCAUCAACUACAAUAACUAAAAUAUACAAAGGGGAUCACAUCUAAUACUUAUCAAUGCAUACAUUUCUUGGAGAUGUCUGAACCUUUUCUGAGUAACUCAUUCCUUCCAUUGAAUAGCAUAAACAAUGUUAGUUCUAACUAGGUAAGCAACUCGUGGUUCUCUGAAAAUAAAAUGGCCUUUCAAUGAGUAUGGGGCUUAGGCUUGAAAUAUUACUGCGUAUGAACGAGAUCAUUAAACCAGAAGAAACAAGAACAAUGUGUGGGUGUGAAAGUAAACAUGAAUACAAUCCACAGAGGAGUGAAUAUACUGAGGUGGAAGUGACAAAAGGUCGCUUACUGACGCAGCUGGAAUGCAGUUCCUCAGGAAUUUUCUGAGAAGUUUGUCAAUGAAAGGUCACUUGACUAUAUAUAAUGAGUGAGCGGACAAUCGCCAUAAAUGCCUCUGACAUCAAAAAUAAGAUGAACGCAAUCGAUUUCUGUCUUCUGUGUGCUUUUCUACACGUGGGUUAUCAGAACCCACUGGGCUCCUGGACGCUCCAACCUAACAUUUUGGUUUUGAAAGUAAAUGGUUCGUGCAGCCAACGAGCCCUCAAGUGCCUGCACUCAGCAGCGGGAUUCAUGAAUGGCGAUGACAAGGAUAUUUUCUGGAAGAAGGACGAUAAAGAAAAGGCACAGAGGGGUAAUUCAUACCUGGUAAAGCUCGAGGAGAGUUUGGGAGGAGGCAACUACAGCUGCCACAGCUCAAAUGGAUCUCUUCUCAAUUACACUGUUGUCCUUAUUCAAGAGGACUUCACCAAGAAGAGGAAGAUUCUGAUGGAAACUGACUUGGCCGAAUAUUUAAAGUGCACUACUCAGAAUUUUGAGGGAGCGUUCAGAUGCUCUUGGAUCUGGGACAGGAGACGUGUUGGAAAAGUAGCACUCAUCAGAACUGGACGAGGCACAGAUGAUGAGUGUUCUCCUGACGCCAGUGGUCAGCACUGGACGUGCGCCUCCACUGAGAGUCACAUCAGCUGCUCAGUAGACGACAGCGGAGACGGGAUCUCCUGCGUGGACAAGCAGUACUGCCCAUUUGCGGAGGAGAAAAAGAAAAUCUUCUUCACAGUCUAUUUUAGCAACAAACAUUUCCUGCUGGAGAGCUACUCCAAACAAUUCUAUGUGUCUGAAAUUGUGAAACCUGACAAAGUGACAAUCAGGAAAGUCAACCAAUCGAUGAUAGAAUUGACUUACCCGGGUUCUUGGAGCAGUCCCCACUCCUUCUUCCCUCUCACCUUCCAGGUUUUACAGAGCAAACAUGGGUGUAAAAACUGUGAGAAUCCCUGUGAUGCGUCAACGGGUGCAAAGAUGCCAAUGGCGGACUCCUCAAGCGCUUGUCUGUUUGAGUUGGAGAACAAUUCCAGGACUGUCUGUGUCCGAGCCAAGGAUGCUCUCUACGACUCGCAAUGGAGCGAAUGGAGCCACCUCAGAUUGAGAAAGAGGCCAAAAGGUAAACAAGGAAAACGUACCAGCUGAAAACAUGUGAAAGAGAUGAGGAGGAACACCUGGGUGUCGACAGGAGCAAUAUUUAUUAAAUUAUAUAAUUCUAUGAUUGUAUUGGUGUUAUGAAUAAAAUGUUUGUAAUUAAAAA